AAAAUAAAUUUAUUAAAAAAAAAAAAAAAAGAUUUAACAGUGUUAAAUGGUGCCAGGAGGUCAAGCAAGAUAAGAACUAAGAUGCCACCAAGGGAUUUACCAAUAAGGGGUUUGUUAGAGACCCUGGUGAGAACAGCUUCUCUGGGUGGGUGGGUCAAAGAAUAGGAAAUGCACAUUAUCCCAAAGCAGGGCUAAAAUGGAAAGGAGAGGUAGCAACCAGAGGCAGAGGAAACAGGAGAGAUCUGAGCAUACCGGGGGGUGACUAGGAAAAAGCCCAGAGUCCUCCCUGGUGUAUAAGAUGGCUUGAGGUGGUUUACAGUAAAAAUAUACCCAUUCACCCCACAGUUCCUCACAGGGUCCUCCUCUUAAGUACCCCAGGCCCGUUUCUCCUGCUUUUCCUCCUUGUGUUACAUCUGGAAACUUUGGCAGUCACUGGGGGUCACGGAGGACAAAGUGGUCAGGUCUAAACAGACUCCUGGACCUGCCUGCUUCAUCAGGAUGCCAAGAGACCGCAAGAGAGCAGAACCCCUGGGAAGCAGGCAGCAGCCAAGGCAGGGUAGAGAGUACUAACAGUCAGGGACCUGGGUUCCAGUCCUGCUUCUGCACUCCAUAACCUGCCAUCCCACAGAAUUCCUCUCUGAACUCUUGAGGGAUCUAGGAAACAGAUCGCCUGGGUUUGAAUGCAGGCUUCACCAAAGCACUACGGUGUGACUUGGGCCUCGGUUUCCCUUCUAAGAGGCACUGUUUUAAGGGGUAACCUAGAACAGCUGUGAGCUAACCCCUUGGCACACAGCAAGUGCUCGGUAGAUGCCAGUGUCACCGCCUCUUGUCCUACCCAGGCACAGCCUCUCACUCCACACCGCACCUCGCAGAGUGGGCGGGAGGUCCCUGCGCUCCAGCCCGCGCCCCCGCUCCAGCCGCCAGGGCGCGGGCGGCCUGUCGCGACAGCGGCGGUGCAUUGUGGGGCUUGUAGUGCGGGGCUUGGUUGGGUGGGUGGGCGCGGCCGAGGCAGUUCGCAGCGGGGCCAUCUUCUGCAGGCCGGCUGGCUCGGCCUGUGCAGCCGGCAUCCGUGCCCCUCGCCCGGCCCGAUGGCGCCGCGGCCGCUAAGCUCCUUGGUGCUGGCGCUGGGUGGCGCGGCGGCCGUGCUCGGUUCGGUGAUCUUCAUCCUCUGGAAGACCUACUUCGGCCGCGGACGGGAGCGGCGCUGGGACGGAGGCGAAGCCUGGUGGGGCACGGAGCCUGCCCGCCUUCCGGAGUGGGACGAAUGGGACCCCGAGGACGAGGCGGACGAGGAGCCGGCGCUGGAGGAGUUGGAGCAGCGCGAGGUGCUGGUGCUGGGGCUGGAUGGCUCUGGGAAGAGCACGUUCCUGCGCGUGCUGGCCGGGAAGCCACCGCUGGAAGGCCACAUCCCCACCUGGGGCUUCAACUCCGUGCGGCUGCCCACCAAGGACUUCGAGGUGGACCUGCUGGAGAUCGGUGGCAGCCAGAAUCUGCGCUUCUACUGGAAGGAGUUUGUGAAUGAAGUGGACGUGCUGGUGUUCAUGGUGGACUCAGCUGACCGGUUGCGGCUGCCCUGGGCCCGACAGGAGCUGCACAAGCUACUGGACAAGGACCCUGACCUGCCUGUCGUCAUCGUGGCCAACAAGCAGGACCUGAGCGAGGCCAUGAGUGUGGUGGAGCUGCAGCAGGAGCUGGGCCUUCAGGCUGUCGACAACCAGCGGGAAGUCUUCCUCUUGGCAGCCAGCAUUGCCCCUGCAGGAGCCGGCUUUGAAAAUCCUGGCACCGUGCACAUCUGGAGACUGCUCCUGGAGCUUCUCUCCUAGGCUGGUACCCACCUGCUCACCAGCCAGCCCUGGGACCCCAGUUCUGCUCCUCCUGCUUCUUCAUCCCCAGCCGGGGCCUGGGGCACAGGCUAUGUGGCAGCACUUCCCUUCUCCCCUCCUCGCCCUCUCAAGAGCAGGGCCUGGGCAGGCCAGGAACCAUAUGGAAGCCUUCCUGGUGAGCUAGCCAUGAGGCUGAAGCAGGGAGGCGGGUGAGGCUGAGGAGAGAAUGGUGUCUUGCCCAUUCUGGGCUGGGAGUGAAUCCCACUUUCACCAGGGAAGGCAGCCUCGUCCUCUGACCUGUACAGUGAGCUGCUCAGCAGGCUUAGUUCUCCCCGCCCUGUAGAUCCCAGUGGUUGAGGACCGGUGUAGGUGUCCAAAGUAUGCCCAGUCUAGACCAUUCCCUCCUGGUGACUUAACACCCCUCUAAUGUGGGCAGGUUCUGGGCGGUACGCUGUGAGCUCAGACCCCGACUCCUGCAUUAUCCUCCAACCCCAGCUGGCUCAUGGCCUUGUGCAAUCCCUCCCUCUCUGGCCCCAGGGCCAUCCUUUUUAAAGAGAAGUGAUUUCUAUGUUUUUUUUCUAACUUGGAGAUGUAUUUCCCAGCCAUGAAGAUAAGAAGCUCAAGGACGAACCUAGAGAUCCUAGCAAGGAGCUUUCUGAAACCUCCCUGCUUCCCCGAGGUUGAGGCCUGGCCCACCAGCCUCUUGACUACAGAGUAAGUGGUAUUCACCCGCUAAUCAGAAAAAUUGAAAGCUUCCCCCAGCCCCCCACCCCACCAAAAUCUGGAGACAGAAGCUGCUGCUCUUACACUAACUGUGCCAAUGCCCAUGUUUACAUAAGUCUGGGGAAGGAAGGAGCCUGCCUGUGCCCCUGGGAAGAAGACUGUCAGCGGAGCAGGAUGUUGACCUCCAAACUGCAUUUAAUUAUUUAUUUAUUUAUAAAAGGAACAGGCCAAAGUUUAGGCUCUGUUUCUAGGUGCUGUUAUUAAAACCCCAGAAGAUUGUCAUGGAAAAUUUGGAUCUUUGAGGAAAAUAACUGGAAUCAUGAAUGACAGUGUGGUAAGCUACAUGUUUCAUUGGAGACAGAGCUUGCACUCCCCUGACCCUCUGUGGCUGUAAUUGAUGUCAUAAUACUUCACGGUGAUCCAUAUGAACUUGAACUCCACCACUUGGCCCAGCAGUCAAAGGGACACAAACUGUGUAGGUAACAUGACUCUGGGAGAGGCAAUUUCAUCAUAGUUAUCCAAAUAAAAAGAAAUGAGAAUUAGCAGACCAACCAACAGGGUAGCCUUGGGUACAUCACUCAGCCUUUCUAGACCUGCUGAUUGCCCAGCUAAGGCAAAGUUGGACAGAAUUUCUGCUGUCCUCUCCAGUACACAUUCCAUAAUUCUCCUGUUUCCAGUGAUCAGCCAGUUUAAGGACUGUCUCUGUACUGACACUUCUCUUUAGUGCAGGCAAAAGAAGGAGUCUUUUGUCAGGGGCCACUGAACUGUCACCUCCACAAAUGGGCCUUUUUUUCAAGGAGAUACCCAACUCAGUUUGCUUUUUAAUUGAGAAUAGAGAUUAUGUGCCUUUGUUUCAUUUGACGUUUACUCAGUGUGCUGCAGUUCCAUGCUGUGGCCGGUGCAAGAGGGGCAGGCCAGGAAGGUGGGCUGUAGGUGUCUCAGAAUAGAAUCACUUUCUUUGAAAUUCUGAUUAACUUUCUGCUUUAAGAAGUGAUUUGACUGAUUUUAUUAAAUAUUUCGGGAAUGAGUUGGGUUUUAGAGUAGCCUUUGAAGCUCUGCUGACGCUUUUCAUUUCGCCACUAGAAGGUUGAGAGGCUUUACUUCUCUGUUCUAUGAACUCCACCUCGUCCUCUAGUACUUAAAAGUUACCUUUGGAGCCAGCAUUGUUGAGGGGGGCACCCUUUUCUACUAAUUAAGAUCUGCCUUUGGUCUAAUGAGUAUCACUAUGUAGUACAGUUUUUAAAGUCCCCACUGUGGGGAGGUGAACUUGAGUAGAGUUUAACUAUGUGUACUUUAGCAACUUUCAAAGACCACUCUCAGAACUGACAGGUGCCAGUGGCACACCAGAAGACACCACUGAGGAGCACUGAAGGUCCAGGGUGCCACCCCCUGGUGCUUGCACAAGAGUGUAUAGACGUCCUGUUGGCCUGUGGCGGUGCCUCGCGUGUGGAGCUGCUGGCCUGUCCUGGCUGGGUGGCAAACAGUACUCAUCUGCUCCAGUUCCUACCAGGACCAGAUUGGGCAAAGUGGG